UUUUAAUCGUCGAGAAAUCGAAAUGAAGUUAGCAACCGUUAUCAAAAAUAUAGGUAUUUCAGGUUAGAUUUGUAAACGUCAACUUUAAAAAAUGGAUAAUGAAAAUUCCGUUAUUUAUGGAUUAGAAUUCCAAGCGAGGGCUUUGACACCUCAACAAGCGGAAACUGAAAAAAUUUGUUUUCUAAUUGGAACCCAAUCUUUAAAACAAACCAACAAUCAAAUACAUUUAGUAGAAUUCGACGAAGAAAAUUCAACGUUAAAAACAAUAGUUUAUCAUCACGCCCAAGGUGAAAUUUGGAAAAUAAUUUCUAGUCCAUUACAUUCCGAUUUAAUAAGUACCUGUUAUAAUGAUAUAACAAAUGAUAAUUCAUGUAGAAUAAAAACUGCAAUAUUGAAACUACCAGAAACAACAAAUUCCAAUCAAAUAGAAACUUUAAAUGUUUUGGUAAACAUUGAAACACCUCUAAAUUGUGGUGAUGUUAAAGCUACUGAAUUUCAUCCUGUUGAGGAGAAUAAAGCUAUUUCUUUAUGUGAGAAUCAUUGUUUUUUAUGGGAUUUGUCUGAUGAUGUAGCUAAAUCAAUUUUAACAAUUGGUUUAGAAGGUAAAAGUAAUCCAAAGUUUACAACUGGUAAAUGGAACCCUCAUCAAAAUUGUAAUCAGUUUACAACAGCAACAGAAACUCAUUUAAAAACAUAUGAUAUUCGUACAGGACAAUUAGCUUGGCAUAUUGAUGGAGUUCAUAGCCAAUAUUUAAGAGAUUUGGAUUACAAUUUAAAUAAACAGUAUCAUUUGGCUACAUGUGGUGAUGAUGGUUUUGUAAAAAUUUGGGAUUUUAGACAAACAAAUCAACCUGUUUAUUCUAGAAGUGAUCAUUCCCAUUGGGUAUGGUGUGUAAGAUUCAAUCCAUUCCAUGACCAACUACUUUUAACUGCCAGCUCUGAUGCAAGAGUUUUACUUUCAAGUGCUGCAAGUGUUAGUUCCGAAAAUAACAGUGAUGUAAAUAUAGCAGGUGAAACUAUUGAACCAAAACAAUUAUUACCUGAUGGUCCUUUGCAAUGGUGCGAACAUGAAGACAGUGUUUAUUGUGCUGAGUGGUCCCCAGCAGAACCUUGGAUUUUUACUUCAUUAAGUUAUGAUGGUCGUUUACUUAUAUCUCGAGUAAAAAGAUCUUUAAAAUAUCAAAUUAUGCUUUAGUAAAUAAAUUUGUAAUUUGUGGUUGUAAUUAAAGUAAAUAAAUUUUAAAAAACC